AAGGUUAAAUCAACUUUUUUAACUUUAUUAUUUUGCCAGCUUAACGCCCUGUUCUAGCUCUGAUAAUUAGUCUCUCUUCACACAAGUUUAAAAUCCCUCCUGACGGGCUUCUCUGCAACUGUGGGAUGAGAGCAGAGGCUUCCUACAGCCGAUUGGUGGACAAAUCCAUCCUUCUCAUCCUGUCUUACAAUCCCCACACAGGAGGAGUGUGUUCAAGUCCACUGCAUGCACUCACUUAUCUGUCAGCUACUAUAGAUAUUAUAACUGGAAUAUUUCACACAAGGAUUUUUAUUCUUUUUGUUUUUUUACGUCUGAUUUGGUUUUCAUCUAUCCGCAAAUAUGACUAUAAGAACAGCCCGUCCAAAUCGGGGCCAACAUUUCCAGCCCCGUAUGCACUGCUUGAAAAAGCUGGAGGCCAUUGUGGUGGAGAUGCAGAGUGGGGUCAAGGGCUCUGAGCAGAAACUCAACGUCACUACCAUCCCACAUGUUGUCGCUGGUAAUGAUAUCAUUGCAUGGAUCGCCAACAAAAUGAAGACCACUGUAGAAGAGGCUCAGGCCUUUGGCACCAUGUUAGUGGCCUAUGGCUACAUCUACCCCCUGCAGAACCACAAGAAGCUGGUCAUGUGCAACGACGCCAGCCUCUACCGCUACCAGACUCCAUACUUCUGGCCUACACAGAAAUGGGUUGCAGAGGACUCUGACUAUGCCAUUUACCUGGCAAAGAGGAACAUCCGCAAGAAAGGCAUGCUAGAACCCUAUGAACAGGUGCACUACAACCACCUCCAUGAAUGGCUGAACCACAAGUGGGACUUUAUUGUGAUGCAGGCCACCGAGCAGUACAAGGCUGGUAAGGAGAGGAAGAAGCCAGAUCGUGUGGUGCUUGACUGCCAGGAGAGGGCUUACUGGAUAGUGAACAGGCCACCGCGCCGCACUCACAGUGCUUUGGACACUGGUCCAGAGCAUCUGAUGGAUCCCAACACAGAUGAGAAAAUGAGCUUCGACCAGUACAGACGGCAGAACAUUUUCUAUCAACAAGCCAUCAUGCGGUCAAAGGUCAAGUCUAGCGUGUCCCUUGGAGCACUGGUCAAGUACGUCACAACCUACAAAAACCACGACCCGUUCCUGGCUCCCUGCCUACCCAGCAACCCCUGGCAAACAGACAACGACACAUACUGGAAUCUCAACAUGAGAAGAGUUGAGGUUCCCACUAAGAGUCGAGUAGAGCGCUGGUCCUUCAGCUUUUUUGAGCUGCUGAGCGACCUGCGAGGCCGAGACGACUUCAAGAUCUUCCUCAAGAGAGAGUUCAGUGGGGAGAACUUGGCUUUUUGGGAGGCAGCUGAAGAACUGAAGUUGGGCACAGCAUCUUCUAUGUCAGCAAAAGCUGAGACCAUCUUCAAGACCUUCCUGGCCCCUGGGGCCCCUCGCUGGAUCAACAUUGAUGGCAGGACAAUGGGUCUGACAGUGAAAGGCCUGGAGCAUCCUCACCGCUAUGUGCUGGAAGCAGCCCAGACACACGUCUUCCUGCUCAUGAAAAAGGAUACGUUCUUCCGUUACCUCAAGUCACCCGUGUACAAAGAAAUCCAGAAGAAGGCGAUAACCCCCGAGCCUCAUAACUUCAGUCCAGCCCAGUUGGAGCAAAAUGCUCAGAACCGAAGCCCAGGCAUCCAUCCCAUCAUCCUCUGGCAGCAGGAACAGGAAGAGAACGCCAAGGCUGCCGCUGCCGCCGCUCCCGUUGACGUCAAGGCCAUGAUGAGCAAAAUAGACAGGAAGAAGUAGAGACAUACAGUCGAUGUGUUCAGUGUUCGACAUGUUAUGUCACACGAAGUACCAACACAGAAACCAUCCCUCCAUUAGGGUGUAUACGCAUAAGGAUACUUCAGAAUUGGAUUUGAACUUCAGUGUCAUGCCAAUAAAUGUUGUUCUGUGUUAGCAAAAUAUCAAAUGAGAAAAACCCAUCAUCUGUCAUGGAGGUAUUAUUGAACAGACCUAGGGGAUAUAGGGACAGGGACAGGGCGAGGGGCCCAAGCAUUGCUUUUCAGAAAUUCCACCUAACAACUACAAACCGAAGCAAAACCAGUAUCUCGCUCCUAUGUAAGAGAGCUUCGGUCUCAGAGGUCACACAUAACACACCACAGACGCCUGCUACAACUAGGUUGUGUUGCUAUACCAAUCAUAUUAAUGUAUGAAUUAGUAUAAAAAUAAUACAUAUCAAUGAAUAAAAUGUGUUUAUAAAUACAUACA